UCAGCUGAAUCCCACUCCCUGUCAGUCCGCCCCGCUGAGCUGCAGUCCAGCGUUGAAACGUCUGUUAGCAAAAAUGAGCGACAAAGGUUUGUCAGACGAGGCAGCGGCUGCAGCUUGUAAAGAUGGAGACCCAAUAACUAAGGAUUUCAUGAUGCAGCAGACUAUGCUGCGGGUCAAAGAUCCAGUAAAAUCCCUGGAUUUCUACACCAGAAUCCUCGGCAUGACGCUUCUGCAAAAGUUUGACUUCCCUUCCAUGCGUUUCUCUCUCUUCUUCUUGGGCUACGAGGACAAGAAGGAGAUUCCCACAGAUGUGAAGGAGAAGACAGCCUGGACCUUCUCCAGAAGAGCCACCAUUGAGCUGACACAUAACUGGGGCUCUGAGUCUGAUGAGAGCCAGUCUUAUCACAAUGGAAACUCUGAUCCACGUGGUUUUGGACACAUUGGAAUUGCAGUUCCUGACGUUUAUGCUGCCUGUAAAUUGUUUGAAGAGCAAGGAGUCACAUUUGUCAAGAAACCAGAUGAUGGUAAAAUGAAAGGCUUGGCCUUCAUUCAGGACCCUGACGGCUACUGGAUUGAGAUCCUGAGUCCCAACAAUAUGGUGUCCAUUACCUCGUAAAAACUGACAGCAUGCUACCUGCUGCAGUGCAUACGGGUCAGACCUGCUGUGGCUUCACUGGGAGAGCAGAGCACUGGGGUUUAGCAACGAAUUUAGCAACGUGUGCCGCAGAGCUGAGGGUGAUGGAGCGGGAUGAGUUGCACAGUGGCAAUCAGUGUGCCUUUGCAUGGGCUGGACCAAUAUUGGACAGUUGAUAAGCAAAUAGAUUAGAUACCUGAGUCAUUGCUAUGAAAACCAGCUACUUUGUGUAGCAGUUCAGUUUAUCUGCCACCAUCAGUUUGUCUGUUUUUAAGAAGUGAUGCUGAAACAAAUCAGUAUUACUGUGAAAUAAAUGUGGAAUCCACUGUUCAAACAAA